CCGCCUGAACACACCUCAGCAAGCACCAAGACAAACACAGCGGUAAAUAGGAAUUGCGAGAAAGAAGUUUUUGUUUCACAGGAUUUUGAAGGAAAAAACCACAGCAAACAGGCUCCGGGAAAGACUUUUGAAAUCCGCUGAUACUGAACUCUUGCUGGACUUUCACUAGUUUGUUUCCUUUGCUCUUCAUCCUCGAGUGAUUUUCAUUUUUUGAAAUUUGGAAACACUGUUUAAGAGAGACUACAAGUGCCCGAUUUGAUGCAUGCUCUCUGCUGACACUGACUUUUGUUGAUUACCCAGAGACUGUGUUUCUGUAAGCGGCCGGUAAGCUCACUUUUUUCCUACGACUUUAUGUCUACAAAGAUGGAACAGCCUUUUUAUCAUGACGACUCUUUUCUGUCGGCUUACGGCCACUCAGACGCGGCAAUGCACGACUGCAAACUGCUAAAGCAGAAUAUGAAUUUGAACUUGACAGAGCCCUAUCGCAACCUGAAAUCCCAGCUGAGGGCCGAGACAGACCUGUACCAAGGGGGCCAGCAAGACGUGGGGUCCCUGAAGCUCGCAUCCCCAGAGCUCGAGAAGCUCAUCAUCCAAAACAGUAACGGUGUGAUCACCACUCCCACCCCGGGCCAGUACUUCUACAACCGGGGCAUCACCGAUGAGCAGGAGGGCUUCGCUGAGGGUUUUGUGAAAGCACUGGACGAGCUCCACAAGAUGAACCAGAUGCCCCCCCCUAACGUGUCCAUCGGAGCCGGUGGAGUUACGACGUGUUCGCCGGCGGCCUCUAGCGUCUUCGGCUCCGCCUUGCAGCCCGAGCCCCCCAUCUACACAACACUGAACGCCUACUGCCCGAACACGAACCUAUCUUCCUCAUCCAGCUACCCCACAGCCACCAUCAGCUACCUGCCGCCGCACCAGCAGAGCCACCACCAGCAGAGCUCGACGCACGGCGCGCACGCUUUCCAGCACACCCUCCCCGUCUCCGGACUCCAUCCGCAGCGGCUGGUCGCUCUGAAAGAGGAGCCUCAGACCGUGCCCGACCUGCUCAGCAGCGACGGCUCGCCUCCGAUGUCCCCGAUUGACCUGGAGACCCAGGAGAGGAUCAAGGCGGAGCGCAAGAGGCUGAGGAACCGACUAGCCGCUACCAAAUGCCGGAGGCGCAAGCUCGAGCGCAUCGCACGGCUGGAGGAGAAGGUGAAAGUUUUGAAGAACGACAACGCGGGCCUCUCCAAUACGGCGUCGGUCCUCCGGGAUCAGGUAGCUCAGCUCAAACAGAAGGUCCUGACACACGUGAGCAGCGGCUGCCAGCUGAUGCUCACAAGCAAGCUGGAGGCGUUUUAAAAAUACCAGAGACUACUAAGAAGAAAAAAAAAAAUGACUGAAAAGUGAUAACACUGGAGUCAUGUUCUGCAUGCGCAGCACUGGAAUUACCGGCUCGUGUGUAGUCAGCAUCACAGGGCCGAGGGCUAGGUGUGGACGAUACUGAAGGCUAUUUUAGGGUGAAAAGACUGAUUGUAAUGGUACUUCCGGAUGCUGGACACCCCUCACAGGACCAUUCAACCCUAGAAUCCAGGGCAGCAUCCAGACUGAGCAGACACUGAGCAACACAGUGGGCGCACAUGCCCAUAAGUCGGGUUUACUAAUGGUAGAAAAUGGGAACGAUAAUUUGUUUUACUUUGUACCAUCUUCCUUUUCCCCCUUUGUUUAGUUUUUUUUGUUGGCUGCAUUUAUUCAUUGUGUAAAUUAUUUCAUGUGUCCGGUUGAUCCAGACAAACUGAUGAUGUCCAAUGUUUACAGUGUCUCUUUUUUAAAAAAAUUGUGUUGUAUAUUUAAGUAAAGUGUCUCAAAAAUGAAAAAUGAAAUGGU